AUGAGUGAGACUUUUUUAACUUUGCGAGCGACCACCGCAGACGGGAUAAAAGUGCGUGGAUGGGGCCGAGGGGAACAGAGGCGACGCUCCGAAACGGGUUUCGUCUGUGGGGCGGUGUGGUCAUCUCUCGGAAUCCAGGCGGCGCUCAUCUCCUCCGUUCGGCCAGCUAUGGUGCAGCGCGCGGUCGUUGUCGUUGUGGUUAUAUUCUCUGCCUAUGUCGUCGCUCAACCGGGGCAGACUUUUCAAUCGACGGUAUUUGACAUUCCGGCCGAACUUCCAUCGGAAGACUAUGCAGUACUUUCUCAACUCGAUGAUGCUCCCACACAAAAGGUUCAGGAUCCCUUGAAGCCGAAGAAGAUCAACAAGGCCGCGUUGAAUCUGCCGCAAGUGCAACCGACGCUGCCAACUGUUCCUCAACCACCUCCGGUCCAGCCCCUUCAGCCACCACCUCAGCCGGCUACUCCGGCUCCAUUUACUCUUCCAACACAUCCGGCAUUCCCUACAUUCACUUUUCCAACCCAUCCUCCAUUUACACUACCUACUCAUCCCACCAUUGCACCAUUCACUCUACCGGGUGCUCCCACUCCACCGCCACCACCAUUCGUCCUGCCGACACAUCCUACUAUGGCCCCAUUCACGUUCCCUACUCAUCCCACUUUUGCGCCAUUCACUUUUCCAACACAUCCAACGUUUGCGCCAUACACGGCAGCUCCUCCACCGUUUGGCCCUCAAUCUUCUCAAGAGCCCUUGCAGCCUCAAACAGGACAAGCUCCUCAGCCAAAUCAAGGUUUUCAACAGAUUGGAACCCAAGCCCAGGUUCCACAGACUCCCACGGUGCAGCCACAAUUCAGCGGUCUACCUCAACAACCCAAUCAACCACAGCCACCACCACAACAACAGCAGUUGCAGCUCCAACAGUCGAUCGAUGCCCGACCUCAACAAUUCACAAAGCCUGUAUCAACAAAUCAACAACAGGGAGUACCUCAGCGCCGAUUUGAGCAGACAAUGCAUCCACCAAGUCCCGUGGAUAAUCAUGCAGUUUCAUCUUCGCUCACAUAUAGACCGGCAAAAUCCUUAGGACAAAUCUGA